CACUUGAUGUUUUCCCUCGUCAUCACCAUCCCGCUACUGUUCCUCUGUGUUGUCCUACUCUUCACUGCUCGCUCCCAUGAACAGCGUCAACGUGUCAUAGAGGACCUUUCACUCCCCCCGAACACCAAAACUCUCGCCUUCUUCCAUCCAUAUUGUAAUGCCGGGGGCGGAGGAGAGCGUGUUCUCUGGACAGCGAUUGCGUAUAUCCAGCGAACACGCCCAGAAGUACUUCCCGUUGUCUACACUGGCGACAUCGAUGCAACAAAAGAUUCAAUCGUCCAGAAAGCUCAAUCUCGCUUUUCGAUAGCACUCGACCCAGAUCGACUCCAUUUUGUAUUUCUUACAAGACGUGUUCUUGUAGAAGACUCAACAUACCCCCACUUCACGCUCAUCGGACAGAGCAUGGGCUCCGUUGGACUUGUUUUGGAGGCGUUGUGGAAUUUCGUUCCUCAUGCAUAUAUCGAUACCAUGGGCUACGCAUUCACCCUCCCAAUACUUCGUAUACUCGGCAUUCCAGCUGGCGCUUACGUUCACUAUCCCACUGUCUCACCUCCGAUGAUUUCCCGCGUCGCUCGACCAUCCAAAUUGGUCUACUACCACGCCUUCAUGCUCCUUUACUCCCUUGCCCUUCGCUGUGCACAAGUGCUCAUGGUGAACUCGACGUGGACACGAAAGCAUGUCGCUGCCGUCCUUGCCUACCCUUUUUCUUCCAGCAGAAGGGGAACGAUCAAACCACGCGUCGUUUAUCCUUCAUGCGACACUCGAGAAAUGGCUAAGUUGCCAUUAGACGCGAGAGCACAGGUCGUCGUCAGCAUAGCUCAAUUUCGUCCCGAAAAAGAUCACGCAAUGCAGAUUCGGGCACUGCAUUCCCUGCUCCAGACACAUCCCAAAUACGAAAAAGUUCAGCUUGUCCUCAUUGGUGGCUGUAGAAAUGAGCAAGACCAAGCCCGCGUUACUGCACUUGAAAACCUUGCCGUAGAGCUUGGUGUCAAAGAGCAUGUAACUUUUGUCCUAAACGCACCCUAUCCAGACGUUCUGGCAUGGUUGCGGCGCGCUAGUGUGGGCCUCAAUACGAUGCUGGAUGAGCAUUUCGGAAUCAACGUUGUUGAAUUCAUGGCUGCGGGUGUUAUUCCUAUUGUGCACGCGUCGGGUGGGCCGUUGGAGGAUAUCGUCGUGCCUUUCAAUGGCAAGAAUACUGGGUACCACGCGAAGUCGCCCGAAACAUUCGCGGCAGCUAUUCAUGAAGCAUUCUCGCUUUCACCUGCUGAGGAUCGAGAAAUCCGACGACGAGCUCGGACAUGGGCUGUUCAGCAGUUCAGCGAGGCUGAAUUUGAGGCUGGGUGGGAAGCGAGCGGGUGGGCGAAGCUGUUGAGAUGA